ACCGGAAGCUGUUCCGUGUGCUCUCUGUGUGUGUGUAUAUGUGUGUGUGAUCGUGGGCACGGCGAAACACUGACAGCUGAACGAUACGAUGUAACUGCGACGGGUGAGCAUGGAAUAACCCACCGAUACCGGCGCAUACGCACACAUAAACCUCUCCAGAGCAGCCCGCGUGGAUUAUGUGUUGAUUUAAUGAGGACAGUCGUGACUGUAAUACGCUGAUGUCUUUACACGAGCGUUUGGCACGGGAGUGAUCUCGAAGAUCGCAGAGCCCGUGUUUCAUCCCGUCAUCCGCAGCUGUUACGCCCAUCAUCUGCGGCGGGGCUCCGUCGAUCCGUGGCUGUUUGUUUAUCUGCGCGCAUCGGGACUCAUGGGGAACAGCACAUCAUGCUGCGUGUCGUCCAGCCCGAAGCUCCGGCGGAACGCGCACUCGAGGCUGGAGCCGUACCGGCCCGAACCGGAGCUGAGCCGAGAGGACACGGGCUGCAACCUGCAGCACAUCAGCGACAGAGAGAACAUAGACGAGCUCAACAUGGAGUACAAUCCUUCAGACCACCCGCGCGCCAGCACCAUCUUCCUCAGCAAGUCUCAAACAGACGUUCUUUUACCCAACAAGAAAGUUCGGGAAAAACGGAAAAGCCUGUACGUCAACCAUUUAACACACAUUGCGGAGUCAAAGCAACAUCCGUCUGGUCCAAUGAGACGCAAGUACAGCUCCUGUUCGACGAUCUUCCUGGAUGACAGCACCGUCAGCCAACCCAACCUCAAAUACACCAUCAAAUGUGUCUCCCUCGCAAUAUACUACCAUAUAAAGAACAGAAAUGUGGACGGGCGAAUGCUGUUAGACAUUUUUGAUGAAAAACUUCAUCCACUUUCAAAAUCGGAGUUGCCGUCAGACUACGACAAGCACGACCCCGAACAGAAACAGAUCUACCGAUUUGUCCGUACGCUCUUCAGUGCCGCCCAGCUCACGGCUGAGUGUGCCAUAGUUACUCUGGUUUAUCUGGAGAGAUUGUUAACAUAUGCAGAGAUCGACAUCUGUCCUGCUAACUGGAAGAGGAUCGUUUUGGGUGCCAUCCUGUUGGCGUCAAAGGUGUGGGAUGAUCAGGCCGUAUGGAAUGUCGACUACUGCCAGAUCCUCAAAGACAUCACCGUGGAAGACAUGAAUGAGUUGGAGCGGCAGUUUCUGGAGCUGCUGCAGUUCAAUAUUAACGUCCCAUCAAGCGUCUACGCCAAGUACUAUUUUGACUUGCGUUCGCUCUCCGAGGCGAACAACCUCAGCUUUCCCCUGGAGCCUCUCAGCAGAGACAAAGCCCAGAAACUGGAGGCGAUCUCCAGGCUUUGUGACGACAAAUAUAAAGACUUGAGAAAAGCAGCCAAGAAGCGCUCAGUGAGCGCAGAUAACCUGACAGUGGUCAGAUGGUCCCCGGCCAUCAUAUCCUAAUAUCGGUGGACGUUGGGGACUUUCACGAGAGACUGAGAAAAGAGACUGUCAGAAGAAGCGUUCUCUAAGAGGACACGUACAUGCUUAGUACCUCCACAAGACUCUUGAGCCAGAGGUUUUUGUUCUGAAGAGUGGUCGUACGGCUGCUGUAUAUACGAGACACCCACACAAGAUCACUUUCCAACCUGUGGCUUAGAGAGGAGGACACUGCAGUUCAGAAAAACUGGAGGGUGAAAGGAUAUAAACGAGGGAGAAACUCCAAAAGACGCCCAAUGACUGGAACAGCGUUCCAACAGCUCUGUGUCAUACGUGUUUGCCAUUCUAGGUGAGGAAGUAUUCGCACAUGAUCUUGUACGGUUAGAAAAGUUUCUCAUGGACGCUUAAGGAUGUGUCGUAUCAAGAUGGCCAAAAUCAACCACUUCUCCAGAUAUCAUUCCUAAAAGUAUUUCUCUGUGAGCUGAUCACACUAUGAAAUCACCACUGUAGUUAUACAUACUGUUAUUUAACAUUUUGUUUUAAGAUUUAUUUUAAUUCAAUUAAAAACAUCCUUAAUGAUGGUU